GUCACCGACCGUGUCGCCGCGACUGUGUCGACCGUGUUCUACCCCGUGCUACCCCGCGUGAACUGUGGCCGUGUGUGUGUUUUUGAUGUGUCUGUGAUACGAGGAUGAUGGAUCAUUUCACGGCGAGCAUGUACCGGCACCACCAGAACCCCUCGUACCCGCCGGCCGGCGGCUGGUACUCGAACCCGUACCACCAGCAGCAGCAGUUCCUGUCGUGCAUGCACGAGUCGAGCGAGCAGACGGCCCCGUGGGGGCACCACCACCACAUGUUCCAGUCGCCGCAGGACUGGGGGGUCACCACCGUCUCCGACCUGGUCAACGUCAACGUGGGGCCCCAGGCGGCGAGCCACGAGGAGCACAUCCUCCCUUCGCCGCCGAUCACCGUGUCCGGCAGCGAGAUCUCCAGCCCGGGCACGGUCAACGGGUCGUCGUCCCCGCAGCUGCCCCGCCCGCCGCCGCCCAGGAGUCCCUACGAGUGGAUGAAGAAGUCCAGCUUCCAGAACAGCACACCCAACCCAGGCAAAACGCGAACGAAAGACAAAUACAGGGUUGUCUACACUGAUCAACAGAGGCUGGAACUGGAAAAAGAAUUCCAUUACAGCCGAUACAUCACCAUCAGGCGCAAAGCAGAAUUAGCAAGCACACUUGGCCUCUCAGAACGACAGGUCAAAAUAUGGUUCCAAAACAGAAGAGCGAAAGAAAGGAAGCAAUCGAAGAAACGAGAGGAGCUGAUUUUCAAACACUGAAACCACGAAUCAAGUUUGAGAACUGCAAUGUGAUAAGGUUAUUACUCGACUGAAGCUGCGUGAAAACUGUGUCGACGUCCAAUUUGCAAUUCGUUUAUGUUUCCUACGAAAACUCGACGGAAUCGCCACCAAAAUCGGCACAUUUCCAGUCGCGAUUCUUGAAAGUUGGUAAAAUUUUCAAGAAACUUUCAACAACUUGCAAAAUUGCC